AUGAGUGAGUUUCGAGAAACUUAUGUUUCCUCGUCUCCUCCUCUACGCACACCGUCUCAAUCACCUAACUUAAGUCUUCUCCGACAAAACUACUUUCAUGGAGAUUUCUCCUUAAACUCGUCUUCGGACUAUUCUCUCUCGAGUUCCUUCUCUAAUGGGUUCUGCUCCUCCGAUGAUAGUUCUUCUUCUCCCUUUGCUUCACCUCCUUUUAACGGGAUCAUCCCUAUCCCCAACCACGCCACUUAUCAUCAUGAGCCACUGUUUCAUAAAGAUCAUGAGAAGAGUGUUCAUGGUGAUGAUCCUUCCGGUCUAUGCGAAGAUCUCUACCGCAUGAAAAUCACCGAGGAGACAGAGACUCAUGGGUUUGUCUCCGGAGGCUUUUCAUGGUUGAACAACAAUCAAGAUUCCGACUACGACAAGAGAAACAUGUUUGGGAACCAAACUCAUGAUUCCUUAUCCAACUCUAGCCAGUUCGGUUGGCCUAGCUACUUAAGCAGUAACGUUGGUAAUAACAGUCCUUACACCAAUGGAGGAGGAGGAGUAAGAGAACAUUCAUCUUACUACAGAACAGACAUGUCUCCAUUGUUCUGCCAAGAAGCUUCUAAAGGCUCUGAUCAACCAUUUAGCUUGGAUCAUCAGAGAACUGGAGCAUUGAUCUCUGAACAAGGAAACACUAGUCUACCUAACGUGUGUGACGUUCAGGGAUAUGUUUACUUGAUGGCUAAAGAUCAACAUGGAUGUAGAUUCUUGCAGAGGAUAUUCGAUGAAGGAACACCUGUUGACGCCAUGGUUAUAUUCAAUGAGGUUAUAGCUCAUGUCGUUGAGCUUAUGAUGGAUCCUUUCGGGAACUACUUGAUGCAGAAGCUUUUAGAUGUUUGUAAUGAAGAACAAAGGACGCAGAUUGUCCUUGUGGUUACUGCUGAGCCUGGUCAACUUAUCAGGAUAUCUCUCAACGCAUACGGUACUCGUGUUGUUCAGAGGUUAGUGGAAACAAUCAAGACAGGAAAACAAGUGUCUCUGGUGAAGUCUGCGCUUAGACCUGGCUUUCUUGACUUGAUCAAGGAUUUAAAUGGUAACCAUGUGAUUCAACGUUGCUUGCAAUGCCUUAGCACUGAAGAUAACAAGUUUAUCUUUGACGCAGCGACAAAGUACUGUACUGAGAUCGCAACACAUAGACAUGGAUGCUGUGUACUCCAAAAAUGCAUUGCUUAUUCAAUGAGACAACAACGAGAGAAGCUGAUCGGUGAAAUCUCUAGAAACAGUCUCCUACUUGCUCAAGACCCCUUUGGGAACUACGCAGUACAAUUUGUUAUAGAACUGAGGAUUCCUGGUGCGGUAGCUAUGAUGUUGAGUCAGUUAAAAGGGCAUUACGUACAGCUUUCCAUGCAGAAGUUCAGUAGCCACAUGGUGGAGAGAUGUCUCAUGCAUUGUCCCGAGAGUCGUCCACAGAUUGUACGUGAACUUGUCUCUGUUCCUCACUUUGAUCAUCUUCUUCAAGACCCUUACGCUAACUUCGUCAUCCAAGCCGCUCUUGCUGCCACUAAGGGUCCACUUCAUGCUUCGCUAGUGGAAGUCAUAAGACCACAUUCGAUACUGCGUAAUAAUCCUUAUUGCAAAAGGAUUUUCUCGAGGAAUCUAUUGAAGAAGUGA